AUGGUUUCUGCCAAUUCGGAUCGUGGCAUAGCCCUUCGGCGCGCGCAAGGGGACACGAUCCGCGACUGGAUUGAACGCUUCAAUGAAGACUUGAAGGAUAUCAAAAAAUUCUUUCCAAUCAGAAUAUCCCCAAAGAGGGCUGACAAACUGCGCCAAUUUCUCAUGUCUGAACUCGAUGCCCUGCAUGAGCAACCUUUUGAUCUUUACGACCAACAAGAGAAAGUCGACUACCUCCUUGUAGAGAACUACAUCGAAAGACAACUACGGCAAAUGCAACUCGAUUUCAAACAGGAUUAUAGAAUGGCACCCUUGCUCCCGUUUGCAAGCACGUUGGUGGAGCUAUGCGAGGCUCGAGCUCUAGUGCUUCCAAUGGAUUCAAAAGAUGCCGCACAGAAACUCUUCGAGACGCAGGUACAAAUUACAAGCUUAAUUGAAAAGAUCGACCAAGGCUCCGAUGAAGUGACCACGAGUAAGACAAGUGCAUUUCGUGCCUCGAGAACUAUCGACUCUCUUAGAGGCCAUCUGAAGGAGUGGUUUGGCUUCUAUAAAGGAUAUGAUCCCUCGUUCGACUGGUGGGUGGCACAACCUUACAACGCGAUGGACAAGUCUCUUGAAGAUGCUUCUGCCAGUAUUCGCGAGAAGCUGGUUGGAAUACAACCAGGCAAUAAAGAUGCAAUUGUGGGCGAUCCCAUCGGGCGCGACGGAUUGGUCGACGAAUUGCUAGCCGAAAUGAUUCCUUACACGCCGGAGGAGAUUAUUGCGAUUGGCAACCAGGAAUUUGACUGGUGUAUCAAUGAAAUGAAGAAGGCAUCUCGCAGCAUGGGUUACAAGGACAAUUGGAAAGCGGCCCUGGAAGAAGUUAAGGAUGACUAUGUUGAGCCUGGCAAGCAGAUUCAGCUAGUCCGGGACCUGGUGCAAGAAGCAGUCUCGUUUGUCGAGGACCACAAGCUAGUCACGGUCCCAGAAAUUGCAAAAGAAACUUGGCAAAUGUUUAUGAUGACGCCGGAGCGCCAGAAAGUGAACCCUUUUUUCCUUGGUGGAGAGUCAAUCAUUGUCUCGUACCCUACUGACUCAAUGGACCAUGAAGCCAAGCUGAUGAGUAUGCGUGGAAACAACAUCCAUUUCUCGCGCGCCACGGUCUUCCAUGAGAUGAUCCCUGGUCAUCACUUGCAAAUGCACAUCAAUGCGAGACAUCGACCAUACCGACGUCUCUUCGACACGCCAUUCUGGAUUGAGGGAUGGUCCUUGUACUGGGAGUUUAUUCUGUGGGAUGACGAUCGGUUCAAAAAGACGCCCCAAAACCGGAUCGGAAUGCUGUUCUGGCGACUCCAUCGAUGCGCCCGUAUUAUCUUCUCUCUCAACUUCCAUCUUGGCAAGAUGACCCCACAGGAGUGUAUUGAUCUUCUCGUGGACAAAGUUGGCCACGAAGGCGCUACAGCUGAAGGAGAGGUGAGGCGAUCGUUGAACGGCGAUUAUUCGCCUCUGUAUCAGGCUGGGUACAUGCUGGGAGCAUUACAAAUUUAUGCCCUGCGGAAGGAGGUUGUUGAGACAGGUCGCAUGGCGGAGAUUGACUUCCACGAUCGGUUUUUGAAGGAGAAUCGCAUGCCGAUCGAGUUGAUGCGAGCAUUAAUGCAGGAUCUGCCACUGAGCCCGGACUACACACCGUGCUGGAAAUUUUACAGCUUUCGCAAUCACUAG